UAAGCGAAUACUAAAGCUGUCGGGACGCCGUCAUGCAUAUGACUGUUUAAGUCUUUCCCAUGACAUUCUCAACAGCGCCUGCUCUACUAUUUGGUCUGGGCGUACGCAUUGCCCUCAACAAGUUUUCGAGCACUGCUGACGCCAGUGCUGACGAGGGUGUCAUCAGCGAUGUCAUCCUUCUCGGCGUCGUCCAAGGCGUCGCGCUAUAUUACGCUUUAAUGGAAUAUCCUGAUUUCGCGUUCGUCGUUGCGUUCGGCAUCGCUGCCAGACUCGUCAUCGAGUUCAUGAUGCUCCAGGACGUCUCCAGGUGUGCAACCACCUUGCUCGGUGUUGCCCUUGGUGUCCUAGUCACCGAUGUUCUAUCACAACUCAUCGAGGACGGAUAUUUUUACGACUUUGACGGAGACUCUGCUCGUGACAAAGAGAGCACAUACACCCCAAAACGAAAGCGUCUCGUCAAAUUCCAGUCUAGCACAGAGUACCAAGUGAUACCCCCCAGUCGACCACCACGCUCCCGCAAAAACGAGCCAGAUCAACGAUGGCGUACGCCACCUUCGCUGACAUCGACUUCUAGCAUCGAUCCCAACCACACCAUGAACCCACUAGAACGCGAGUUAGCGGUGCUACGCGCAAAGGCGUCGCUAGCGGAUAGUGAGCGGAGGCGGUUCAAGGAGGAAAAGAAGUGGGCCGAGUCGCAGGGGAACGUCGCGCGGGUAUCUCAGAUGAGUUGGCAGGUGAAAAGGUACACUGCUCUCACGCAGAGUUUUACUCGGGAAGCGGAUGCUAGAUUUCUUGAAGUGACUGCGAUGAAGCAACAGCAACAGCUGCAGCCUGCUGCUGUUGCCGCAAUUGCUCCACAACCCUCAGACAGACGUCAGGUUGAUCGGCAUACAAAUCACUCUCGACAAACAACACAGGAGGUUGUGAUUGAUAGACAAUCCACGGUUACAGUGGAUGUUGCAAAGAGGCAUCGGAGGCAGAGUUCCGGGAACUUGAAGUCUGCAAUGCGUCUUCAAGUACGAUAAUGACAUGACAUGACGAGUACGAGUAAAUAAAGUCCCCCUUCUUUGAGACUAGACCUGACAUUGUGAAGAGAUCACGUUACGAUCCCGCAAUCGUCACCGCCUAUUUUUGCUUCAUUUACUUUGGGGCUUUUGUAGGGCUUCUGUGUAUCAUUAGAUCUGUUCCAUUUGGCAUAGUGGAGAGCCUUCACUUCCG